GGGGUAAGUGGGCCGGACUUGAUUUUGCGAGGGGGCCCUCCUAAUACACCUGAGCUUGCUGUUCAUCGGGAUUGUACCUUAACCGCCUAUGAGACCUUAAUCUCAAAAGGUACAACUGAGUAAUAGCAGCAAUUUCAGGACGCAACUGCUUCGUAAGCAAGUCACCCGAGUCGAGCUUUUCGGUGUUGGCCCAAACUCGCCUGAGAAUUGGACUCAAAGAUCUCACAGACACACCCAAUCCGCCAUGGCCGGCGGAGCCAAGAAAAAGCAUUUCAACAAGUCCAAGUCCAGGUCCAAAGCACCGUCUAACUUUUCUGCUGGAUCGGUGUUCGUCUCUGGGGGUUCCUUGGUUGAUUGGAGCCCCAAUUUGCAUUCUACCCCUAAUUCUAUCCCAGGAAGAAAAAACCCCAAUGGAAAUGCCCGAUCGGGGAAUUCGGGUGCGAGCGGUGCUUCUGGGUCCAGAUAUGGGCCGGGGAAAUACACUGGAAAUGCUUACGGAUACACCUAUCCAGCUGCUACUCCCCAGGAUGGUAUGCAUCCAGAAUCAUAUGUUGGGGGCAGUAAUGGGGAUAAUUAUUUGAAUGCAUCACAGCCAAUUGUUUUAGUUGAUUCCAUGGAGACUCAGAUUGUUGCUUUUGAAGACAAAACACCAUGCUCAAAAACAUUUUGUGAGAAUUUCACUUAUGAUUAUGGUUCAGAUUUGGUAUUAGGUGAUAGCUCAUGCAGAGGAUUGGGGUUCUUUGAUGAAUCUGAGACGGCAUCAGGUGGCAAUGGAACAUCUAAGAAGAAAAUUGAAGAGGAAGAAGGCUCAUGUUUCAAAUUAUCAUCACCUGAGAAGGAUGCAGAUGCUGAUGAAAACAACAUUUGCAAGUUGGGUGUUGAGAUGGCUGAAGAAGUGCUUAACACACCCAGUAGCAUUGGAGCAUCCACAAAGAAAAUGGAAGAAGGGGGGUCAUGUUUCAAAUCAUCAUCACUCGAGAAGGACAUGGAUGCUGAGAUGGCUGAAGAUGUAUUCAGUGGGGCAUUUUCUUCAGAGAAAAAUUCUGGGUUUUUGUCAAUUGGAGGCAUGAAAUUAUACACUCAGGAUAUUUCAGAUCAGGAGAGUGAUGAGGAAAUUGAUGGGGAGUCGCUUGACGAGGAAAGCUCUGAGUCUCUUGAGCCAGAAGAUUCAGUUAGUUCAUCGGACACAUCAGAUAGUGAUUCAGAUAUUGAUGAAGAGGUUGCAAAGGAUUACUUGGAAGGAAUUGGUGGGAGUGACAAAGUUGUAGAUGUGAAGUGGUUGGUAGAACAGGAUUUGGAUGUCUCAGAUGACGAUGGUUCUUCUAGCAAUGGCUUUGAUGAUACUAUAGAGAAGUUGGGUGGGAUUGCUCUCCAGGAUGCAUCUAGGGACUAUGGUAUGAAGAAGCCACGAUCAAGAAAGAAAGCCACUCCUAAAACAGGAGUUGCUGCAGGUGAUUGGUCAAUGGCUUUGGAUGAUCUUAUGUAUUUAAAGGAUCCCAGAAAAAUUUCUGCAAAAAAGAAGCAUGUUGCUAAGCUUCCACAGUCUUGGCCUUCCGAGGCUCAAAAGAGCAAAAAUUUUGGAAACUUUCCAGGUGCAAAAAAGAAACAUCGUAAAGAAAAGAUUGCUUUGAAGCAUCAGGAGAGAAUGGUGCGCCGUGGUGUUGACCUUAAGGAAAUAAAUUUGAAAUUAAAGCAGAUUGUUUUGGAUGAAGUAGAUAUAUUUUCAUUUCAAGCUAUGCUUCCCAAGGAUUGUUUGCAGGUACAACGACUAGCAUCAAUUUAUGGUUUGUGGAGUAGCAGCAAAGGUUCCCGCAAGAAGAGAUUUGUCACAGUGACACGAACACAAGACACGCACAUGCCAACACCAGGAGAUAAACUUCGCCUAGACCAGAUGAUAGGAGCUGCUGAUGAGGACGCUUCUCGGAGCAAGUCAUCCAAGAGCCAAGUCAGUCAUCAUGGCAGUGGGAAGAAGGGCUCAUCAUAUGCCAGACAGCCUGUGUCAUUUAUCUCAAGUGGCAUUAUGCAAUCUGAAGCUGUUCAGAUGGAGACAGCUGGGUCCAUUGAGGCUGAGAGCACCUACCAUGAAAAUAAGGGUGGAGCAAGCUCUACAAAAUUGGGUGCCUUUGAGGUUCACACAAAGGGUUUUGGGUCAAGAAUGAUGGCUAAAAUGGGAUUUGUUGCAGGGCAAGGAUUAGGAAAGGAUGGCCAAGGUAUGGUCAAGCUGAUUGAAGUCACUAAACGGCCUAAAUCACUAGGUCUGGGUGUGGAAUUCUCUUGAACUGAGAAGAACUGAUCUCAAAUAAUUGGAGGUUCCUGAAGGCACGAUGAAUAUCAAAGAAUUGUAGUUUUUGAAACACACAUCAAAACAUUCAGAUCAAAGUGUAUUGAAGGCAUGGUUUGGGAAAAAUUUCAGUAGUGAUUGUCCCAUUGGUUGCAAUAAAAAACUUCCUAAAUCAUCUGAUGCCCAAUAUUAUAUUCCAUGUGGAGGAUAGCAUUUCUUGCUUGCUUUAAUAGCAUUGUAUUAGUUUAACCUUAUGUACUGAUGUCAAAUACCUGGAUAAAAUAUUGACCCCUCUAUGCUUUACGCCUUUACCCUUAAAUCUUCCCAAUUCUUCCA